AAUUUUGAAAAUUUUAAUGAAGAAAGAAUAGAAAAGCCCCACACACAAAGCAAAGUACGAUCGCUUUCUCUCUCCCUCUCCGUCUCCGCCGUCGCGUAAUCCCUAAUAGUUUCUGAUUCUCUGUUCGUCGGCGGCGAGGUUUUGGGGGGAAGGGAAGAGAAUGGGGUUUCUAUCCAACAAGAUUGCCAGAGAUGAAGUGAAACCAGGCGAUCACAUCUAUUCAUGGCGUCAGGCCUAUGUCUACGCUCAUCACGGAAUCUAUGUGGGUGAAGGACAAGUCAACCAUUUCACUCGUGGGGAUGGUCAAGAGACUGGAACCGGGACUUUCUUAGACAAUCUCAUUGUCAGUUCAUCCCUUAAUCACGGGGACACCCCGUGUCCUAACUGUGGUGAUAGAACCAAGGUUGGUGGUGUGAUCUCUUCCUGUCUCGACUGCUUCCUCGCUGGAGGUGAUCUCUACGUCUUCGAGUACAGUGUCUCUCCCGCUAUCUUUCUCGCCAAGCCUCGAGGCGGCACUUGCACAAUAGGAGCUUCGGAUCCUCCGGAAGAAGUCAUCCACCGUGCGAACUUCCUCUUGCGAAACGGUUUCGGCGUUUACAAUGUUUUCAAGAACAACUGCGAGGAUUUCGCCAUCUAUUGCAAAACUGGUUUGCUGGUGGCGAACACUGACGUGGGAAGGAGCGGUCAAGCCGCUUCGAUUGUUGCAGCUGCCAGCGUUGUGCUCUCUUCGCCACUCAGGUUUGUAGCGGGGUUUGGUAGUUUGGCUGUGGCGGGAUAUGGGAUGUACUGCGCCAGUCGUUUGGUUUCAGACAUUGGCAUGCGAUGGGAUGUGAGCAAGGUGCCUGUGGAGAGACUAGUUGCUGAUAUGGAUGAUCUGGCUGGGAUGGAAACUAAACCGGAGGAGAGACUAGUUACUGAUAUGGCUGGAAUGGAAACUAAACCGGAGGAGAGACUAGUUGCUGAUAUGGCUGGGAUGGAAACUAAACCGGAGGAGAAAAAGACGAGUUAACCGGGAAUUACGCAGACGACUGGUCUGUGCUUGGGACUAUGAUCGAACUCUGAUUGUAAUUCUUGUGAACUAAGAUCAUAUGCUUUCUGUUGUAUCGAAUUGUGCAACUAUAUUUCUUAUGUUAAUAUGAUGAAACCUUAAUUAAAGGUGUUUACUGGACUAA